AUGAAGGCAAAGGUGUGCAUCAGCCUCAUCCUCGCCAUCGUGGCAACCGCCUGCCUGUGCCGGCCAGCAGUGGAGGCACCGGGCACUGCGGGGGACCCCCGCUGGCUCCCCGCCAGCCUGGUCCGUCGGGACUGGCCCGAGUCCCUGUCCCAGGAGCAGAAGCACCUCAUCUCCCGGUUCCUGCCCCACAUCUUCACAGAGCUGCGCGACCGCAAGGGCUAUGUGCAUGGGGACGAGGGGACAGAGGCUCUGCAUGACCACUACUACCCCGACUGGAUGGACUUUGGCCGCCGCAGUGCUGAGGACUCGACCAAUGCUGCGUAG